CGGCGGCGGCGGGCGGCGGUGGAGCCAUGGGGAUGCGUGCGGGAGGAGCACUGGGCAGGGCCGGGGCUGGGGUCGGCCGGGGGGCGCCUGGGGGACCCGGGCCGAGCGGCGGCGCGCAGGGUGGCAGCAUCCACUCGGGCUGCAUCGCCGCGGUGCACAACGUGCCGCUGAGCGUCCUCAUCCGGCCACUGCCGUCCGUGCUGGACCCGGCCAAGGUGCAGAGCCUCGUGGACACGAUCCGGGAGGAUCCAGACAGCGUCCCCCCUAUUGACGUCCUCUGGAUCAAAGGGGCCCAGGGUGGUGACUACUUCUAUUCCUUUGGGGGCUGCCACCGCUAUGCAGCGUACCAGCAGCUGCAGCGAGAGACCAUCCCUGCCAAGCUUGUCCAGUCCACCCUGUCGGACCUCAGGGUGUACCUGGGCGCCUCCACGCCAGACUUACAAUAGCAGCCUCGGUGCCUCCCAACACUCCCAAGAGCCCAGAAGACACGCCUGGCCUCCAGGGGGCUGGGCCGUGCAGAAAGCGAUCAGGGGCGCAUUCUCUGUGCCUAGGGGGAGGUCUGACUCUGAGCACCUGUUCCACUAGCUGCAAGACCGUGGACUCCUUACUGAACAAUGGGGGAGCCCCAGAUCCCACUGCUGCGGACACGGGGUCAUGUCUUUGCUCUUGAGAGAAUGAAAUGGAAAAGGAGAUGGAUUUGGAGAGCCACCUCUUCCUGGCUCCAGAUUCCCAAGGACAAGUCUCUUUCUACGUUUUUGUCUGUGUAUUUCCCAUUAUGUGGAACACAUUCACCUGCAAGUAAAGGAGAGCCUGGGUUGCAGUGGCUUAAACAACGAGAAGUCUGUCCACUUAGCGUGAAUUCUGGAGACAGGUGGUAUUGGUGCAGCCCCCCCGCGAAGGUAGGGCUCGCAUCUCUGAUUCCUUUUGGCCUUUCCCUCAUUGCUUGUAACUUCAUGGUCAAAGAUGACUACCAUACCUCCAGGAAUCGUGGCUGUGUUCAAGGAAGAAAGGUGUGGGGGAGGAGGAAGGGCCAAGCCAGCUGUCGACUUCUAUCUUGAAGUCAGACCUUUUUCAGACACCUGUUUCCUGUUCUAUCCCCCUGCAUAUUUCUACUUAGGGCUCUUUGGCCCAAACCAGCUACCAUUGCCACCCCCAGCUGCUUAGAAAACUAAUAUGGCAGGGAACACAAUUGUCAUAAUUAGUAGGCCAUUCAUAUCACAUCUCCUGGGACUGGCACACUGCUUCCUGAAAUAAAACCGGAAUCCCAUUACCAGGAGAGAAAUCAGGAAUUGUGUAUCAGUUAGUCUUUGCUGUGUAACGGAUGGUCCCCCAACUUGACAGCUGAAAGCACGUCAUUCAUUUGCCUAUAGUUCCUCAGGUUUGCAAUUUGGUCUGGGCACAUGGGGACAGUUCUGCUGGUCUUGCCCCAUGUCACUCCAAAGGGUACAUGCAGUCACUAGUCACUAUUACCUCGCAGAGGGCUGGAUGGUCUAAGAUGGCCCUACUCACUUGUCUGGCAUUCGGCAGGCCAACGGCUGGGUGACUUGGUCCUCGUCCAUACGGUCUCUCCAGCAGGGUAGCUCAGGCUUACUGACAUGGCUUCAGAGUGUCAUGAGAGUGAAAGUAGAAGCCGCAAGACUUCUUGAGUCGUAGGCCCAGAAUUGGCACAACAUCCCUUCUGCAAAGUUCUUUUGGUCAGAGCAACUCAUAUGGCUGGCCUGGGUUCAAGGGGUGGCAAAACAGACUACACCUCUUCCCGGGAGAAACCACAAAGAAUUGGUGGCAUUUUUCAUCAACCACAAAUGGUUGCAUUUAGGCAAAUAACUCUUUCUUUUUUGCACCAGGCCUUGAUCUGACUGAGCUGAAGUCACUAAGACAUUGUCCUGGCCCUGAAAUGUAGGGGAGGAGGUGAUGGGGCGGGAGGAUCUCUCCCAGCGCUGGGCCUGCUCUGCUAGGGACAUCUUUCAUGGUCUGCAUGAUGGGAUGGGGGUAGGCCAGAUGGGACAUUCCAAAGGGGCUUCUGAAAACAAGAGUCCUGGGUGAAGGGAAGAGGGACAGGAAGAGUGCAGAGUGAGGCAGGCCUUGCUGUCACUGUUCUGCUAAGGGAACUUGGUCCCUGGGUGUUUUCAAGCCUCAGUUUCCCCAGCUCAGUAACCAAGACAGCAGCUUUCCCACCCAUUCUCUCUGUCCCAGAGAAAGAUGACUGAGGUGACCAAUCUAAAUGUAAAAUGAAUGUGGUCCUAAAUGCAGUGUAAUAUCCUAGAACCAAAAAAAGGACAUUGGUGGAAAAACGGGAUCUGAAUAAGGUCUGGGUUUUACUUAAUAAUAACAUACCAGUGUCAGUCUCUUAGUUUUGACAAAUGUACAUGUAAAAUGUAAGGUGAUGGUGGGAUAGGCUGGGUGCAGCAUAUAGGGGAGCUCUUUGCUCUCUUUGCAACUUUUCUGUAAGUCAAAAAUCAUUCCCAAAUAAAAGCUUAUUUAAUAA